AUGAGCGGCGAGCCAGUGACAAUUCUACCCGAAAGCACAGAUUUCCGGCCGCGGAUGCGGCGGCGGCUUCGGCGCAUACACCGGUCGGCAAUACUGCGGCGGCUCCUGCAUUGGCGGCAACUGGACUUUGAGUUCGCGUCGUGGCAAAUGCUGUACCUGAUAGUGAGCCCGAAGCGCGUGUACCGCAACAUCUACUACCACAAGCAGACAAAGAACCAGUGGGCGCGGGACGACCCGGCGUUUGUGCUAUUGCUGGUGGCAGGGAUAUGUGCCAUCACAUGCGCAUACUCAGUCGUAUACGAGGUCGGAAUGGCGGGAUUCCUGAAGGCGCUGGUGCAGCUGCUGGUGGUGAACUUUGUGGUGUCGGGGCUGAUCCUGGCGACGGCAUCGUGGGUGACAGGCGAACCGGUUUCUGCGGCACCGUGGCAGUAUGCGUUUGAUGUGCACUGCAACGGGUUCUUUGUGUUCUUCGUGAUGGCGUAUGUGCUGCAGUUUUUCUUCCUGCCGGUGCUGAUGAAGACAUCGUGGAUCUCGCUGUUCCUCGGCAACACGGUGUUUGCGCUGGCGGGCGCCGGGUACGCAUACGUCACGUACCUGGGGUUCCAGGCGAUGCCGUUUUUGCAGCACCAGGAGGUGUUUUUGUAUUUGGUGCCGUUGGUGGCGGUCGUGUACUUGGCGUCGCUGUUUGGAUUCAACGUCAGUCACCACGUCAUCGACUAUUACUUUUGAACAAAAUAAAACAGAUUUCUAGUUUCCCGGGUGCUGGCGGGAGCAUGCGCUCAGGAUCUUGUCGUCGUCGUCAGUGGACGGCUUGAUGAUGGCCAGGAAGCCCUGCGAGGGAUCGCGCAGGAUCAGGCCGGGGUCGGUCUCGAGCCGCGCAUUCCACUCCAUCAGCAGGCCGCGCACGGCACCGCGCACAAUGAAGGAUUUGCCGGUGGUGGUGGCGAUUGUGCAGAGCUUCGUGUCGGGCGCAAUGCGCAGCGAGUUCUUUUUACCCUUGCCCUUGAUCACACUGCCCUUGACACUGUCGGCGAACUCGACCGAUGCGAUCUGGCCGAUCUCGGCCUGCCUCGACUGGUCCAGCAAUGGGUGCUGGUCGGCAAUGCCGAUGACGCAGAG